AUGAAAGAAAUGAUUAAGAACCAAGAAAAACUUGCCAAGCUGCAGGCGCAAGUGCACAUUGGUGGGAAAGGAACUACUUGGAGAAAGAAGAAGGUGGUUCAUAGAACAGCUACAGCAGAGGAUAAGAAACUUCAAUUUUCCUUAAAGAAAGUAGGAGUAAAUGAUAUCUCUGGCAUUGAAGAGGUGAAUAUGUUUAUCAGCCAGGGAACAGUGAUCCACUUUAAUAAUCCUAAAGUUCAGGCAUCAUUGGCACCAAACACUUUCACAAUUACUGGCCAUGCUGAGGCAAAGCAGCUAAUAGAAAUGUUCCCCAGCAUCUUAAACCAGCUUGGAGUUGACAGUUGGACUAACUUAAGAAGACUGACAAAAGCUCUGCCCAAACAGCCUGUUGAUGGAAAAGCACCCCUUGUUACUGGGGAAGAGGAUGAUGAUGAAGUCCCAGAUCUCACUGAGAAUUUUGAUGAAGCUUUUAAGAAUGAGGCAAAUUGAAUUAUCAACUUCUGAAAGUUAAAACUUGGAAGUUACAUGGAACUGCUAUUUUAUAUGGUGUGACUGUCUUUUUUUUUCUUUUUCUUUUCCUUUCCUUUUCUUGUUUUUAUUUACAAAUCUAGAGAAUUAGAUCUCUACUGUUGUAAAGCCUAUUUGACAUUGUAGCUCUUUUCAUUUAUUGCUUAUAAGCAAUUCAUUCUUUGCAACCUAACUAUGCUGAACAAGCCUGGAAUUAAGAUUUGGAAAAAAGGUUAAUAAAAUCUUUACCCAGUUAAAAAAAAACCCCAACAAAAUCCUGACCUUUUUUAGAAUAGACACUAAGUAUUAAUUCUAAGGUAAAAGAACUGUAAGGGCUAGACAAUUGGGAUUAAGUGGCUUGUUCAGGGUCACAAAGUUUGGAAAUGUUUGAGGUCAGAUGAGGCCAGAUGAGCAUGAGACUUGCCCAUGAUGUCUUACCUUGGACCCUU